AUGCGAACUAUCAACCGCAGCAGUUUGUUUCUUGACGCGCCAGUGGCGGCAAUCGCUGGCGGGGCGCAGUGGCUUUGCCUCGCAGUAGGCAAUCGCGUGCUGGCGGUCGAUGCUCGCAGCCCUGCCUCUAGUGUUUCUGUUGUUGGAGAUGAUCCCGGUGCCCACCGAAACGGGGAAAUGUGGCUGGUCGCUGAGCUUCCCGACGGGGCGGUGAUCUCAACACUUGAGCAGCACGUCACGGUCGGCGCAGAGGCUGCUGUCGUUGUUGUUAUUGGCAGUGGCGAUCGCGUGUACGCCGCAUCGUUGCUACACAAAGUGCAGCAGAGCGUCACCCUCGUGCAUCCGGCGUUUGAAGACUCGGCGAGGAUCCUCCAGAUUCGCAGCCUUGGGCCCGGCGCGGGUGUUCUGGUCCUCACGGCGUUCAACUCGGCAUUUCUCUUCCCUGACGAAAGCCUCGCAGUGGCACACGUAGCAACACCGAUAACGCUCUCAGUGGUGCGGUACGUGGUGGAUGGACUCGGCAUCGCACUUGCUGCUGAUGCGGUGGCGGAGGUGGGAAGUGGGAGCAUCGCCGUGUUCGCUGGCACCUACGCCGGGGCGAUUUCCGCCUGGCGAGUGCCUGCUGCUGCUGCUGCUGCUGACUUCACUAAGAAACAGCAGCGGCGCCAAGGAGGUCAGCCUGUUGUAUCCGGUGGCACACUCCCUGUUCUGUCAUGCAUAAAGGCGCACCGUCCCGGAUGCGCGGUGUUCGCUGUGAAGGCGCUCACAGUUAGACGUGGCGGCACAACAGACAGUGUGUGUUUUUGUGUGGCGACCUGCAGUGACGACCGCUCCGCCUCUCUUUACGUCGCUACCGCUGUUGCUGGCGGCCUGGCAGAAGGAAUGGCGUGGGUGUGCUGCUGGAGGGGAAGCGGAGCAUCCUUCGCGCGCAGGCGCGUCUUCGACGUCUCACUGCACCUCACUUCAGGCGACGACGACGACGACCCCGCGCUGCUUCUCGCCGCAGGCGGUGAGGACGGCACCGUGCACGCGCUUUCGUUCCGCGCGCAGGAUCUCGCAGUAGCAGCACGAACAGCAGCUGGAGAGGUGGUGGCGCCCGUCACACUCCUGCAUCGCAGCAGCCAACACGACGGUCGUGGUGUUUAUAAGGUCGCGCUCCUCUCUGCCGUAAACUCCACCGCUGCUGCGGUGGUGUCAUGUGGCUUUGACGGCGCCGCGCACUGCACCCCACUGCCGCCGCAACGCCCGCGCACGGCGACACUUGUAUGGCGUGACAUGAAGCGGAGGCGGCACGUUCGCGGCGUGGCGUGUGACGAGCAAGGCGCACUUCUGGCGUGCACCGAGGAUGAGCUGAUUAUUGCGCCACUCGACGCGCAGCUUGAGGAGGAGGGGGAGCAGCAGCAGCAGCAGCAGCGGAUUCCGCUUCCCACCGCAGAAGCGGGGAGCGCAAAGAGGGAGCUGCCGUCAUGCAUCAGCGCCGUUGCAUUCCAGCCGCGGCGUCCGCUCAUCGCGCUUGUUGGUACCACAUGUGGGAACGUAUACGGUGUGCCGUACAGUGCCGCUGCGACAACAAGGGAGCAGAAAGACGUGGUGGAAGAGGAAGAAGAAAAGGUGCAUUCGAAUGUCGCCGUGUUGCUUUGUGGUGCAUCACCUACGUCGUCGUCGUCGAAGGUCUUGCUUCUGCGGGGGGUAUACUGGAACGAGCAUCUGCUGCUCGCCAGCGUUCAUGCCGACAGGAGCCUCGUCGUGUCUGCCGUUCGAUGCCUCGAGGAGUCGCCGGUGGUGUGGAUGGCAGCCUCAUGCCCCGGGGUGCACACCACCGCUUUGAGCAUGUGCGUAGUCGUCACUGCUGGCGGUGGGGAACUGCCGCUGCUCUGUAUUUUCGUCGGGGACGACGAGGGCGGCCUCUCCAUUCACCUCACCGACCUGACCAGGCGCCACGAGGCAACGACGCUGCCGCAUCACGAGCGGCUGUUCCAGCACGCCGUGGCGUCUGUUCAAAUGGAGGCGACGCCCCCCCUGAGCGUUUCCGCCCGACGCGUAACGGCGGUCUCGGUGGAGGGCGAGUGGCGCGUCUUCCUGCUGGACACGGCGGCGCGGCGCGUGGACAUCCGCCCGGUCUCCUGCCCGCUGCGGCUCCCGUGGCGCAUCUCCUCCGUUCUCGCCUGCAGCAGCACCGUUGCGGUGACGCUGUUCGGCAACGAUGUCUCCGUCCACGCACGGCGGUCAUGCUGCUUCAGCUGGCAGCAGGUCGCCCAGUACCAUGGUGUGAAGGCUCCACGUCUGUUGUCGGCCACGAUCCCCACCGCCACAGCGGGAGCGGGUGAUCUCUCUGCGUUUGUGUGCCACUGCUCUGAUGGGGCACGGGCGGAGUGGCAUGCAUGCAGCUCAGCGAACGGAACCCGCGUACUCCACGGCGGCGCCACUAUAGGCCGCGAGUACAAUACCGCCCUUUUUCUCCCGAGUCCAGUGUCUUGUUUCCUCUGUGGCAGUGAGAACUCGAUGAUAACUGCGAUGUCACUUCAGUCUACGGCGACGAGAGGGACUGACCUGCCACUGACGUUCUCUGGGCCGCAUGACUCGAAUAUAUUGGCAAUGGCUUUAUGCGGCAGCAGCAGCAGCAGCAGGAAGGAUACCGUGCGAUUCGUGACAGCGGGCGGUCUUGCGACGCUUGCGCUAUGGGAGUGGUCGGCACGCCACAGCUGGAGCGUCGUUGCGCACGUGAGUCAGCCACAACAACAGCAGAAGCAGAACUCGGCGGGCGAGGGCACGGACAGCCGCGGCGUCCCGCGGUUUCUCUCUGUGUGCGUGACUUGCGAGGACAUUGUGGUGGGGAGCAGCGACGGCGCACUGAAGGUGUUUGCCCUCACCGACACACUUGCCUUGCGUCGUGAAAUGCUCCUGUGCCCAUCGGUGCCAAAACCCGUGACGGCCGUGGUCACACUCAGUGCCGCGGACCGGCUCGUGGUGGCGGGCGACACGAACGGCGUCGUUGCCGUCUGCGACGUGGCGUCUGGUGCUGUGCUGUCGCACCACUCGUGGGCGAAGGCAGCGGUGAAUGCACUUGCAGUGGGGCUGCGGCUGCAGGACGCUGCUGGCAUGUGGCGUGUACUCGCUGCGAUGGACUCCGGCGAUGUGGUGCUCCUGCACGUGGGCGUGGCCGCAGUGGAUGUGGUGUGCAUGUUGCGUGUCGGGCUGACCGCCGCCCGCGGUGUGAGCUGGUUGCACGCACCACAGGAGGAUGUGGCGGUUGCCGUGAAUGACGAGCGCCUCGUGUACCUGCGGGCGCACGACGCCUCAACAGCCGCAGCAGCAGCAGCGGCGGCGGCGGCGGAAGCAGAAACUGUGGACACGGCGGAGCCUCUCUGCGUGACGGGACACAGGCGGGUGAAUGUUCGCGGGAUCAGCGGUCUUGCGGUGGCGUCUGCGACAGCGUGCAUGGUCGUAGGCCAAGGGGUCGAGGUGCUGCCGCUUUCCGGUGGCGACCAUAGCAAAGAUGAGAAGGAAAAGAAUGAGAGGGACGAUGAAGUUAACAGCACUCUAAAGUGA